CCCCGUCAUGUUAAUCAAGCGGUUUUUUUCCCCAUUCAGCACAGCUCAGAACAGGCAGCUUUCCUCACUUCAGUGUCUCCCUGCCGAGUAUGUGAGAUGGACAAUGUCUACGGCAACGCAGAAAUAGUGUUCUCUCACCUGGAGAAGAGGCAAGCGGCAGAUCUCUUCAAAGAUGGGAAAGGUGGCGCCCCCUGCAGGUGCAGCCUGGCCCUGCUAGCUGUACUCUGCCUUGCUCUGCUGGGUGGUCUUACUGCUCUGGGGAUCCUGUACGUUCAGAAAAGCAACCGAUCGGACGCCCUGGAGGAGGAGAACAGGGAACUCUCCAUCUCUCUGUCUUCUGUGGAGCAGAGGCUAGCAGGAACCGAAAGAAAGUUGGAGGAACUGCAAGUGAGACACAGAAAUGCGUCAGAAACACUCUCUGCUUAUCGAGACAUAAAGAGAAAUCUGGAGGAGCUGCAAGUCAAGCAUACAGAUCUGUUGAAAACUAUUUCCCAUUACAAUGCUAUGGACGGAUGUGCAUGCCUCACUGGAUGGAGAAUACACCAGGGAAAGUGUUACUUCUUCUCCACUGAGAAGAUGCACUGGUCUCAAAGUCAGGAGUACUGCACCUCGAAGGGGGCACAUCUGGUCGUCAUAAACAACCAACAGGAACAGAAUUUUGUGUCGUCCAGGGUUAGUGAGACGCACUGGAUUGGGCUGAGCGACCGGAACACAGAGGGACAGUGGGUCUGGGUGGACGGUACGCCUCUUGACAGAAGCGGAACCCAGUACUGGUGGUCAAAGGAGCCGGACAACUGGAUGGGCGCAGGGGACCCGUUCGGAGAAGACUGCGCAGCUCUGGGGGACCACAACGGAAACCACACUUCCUGGUUCGACGCUUCUUGUCGAAACAUGAAAAAAUUUGUCUGUGAAACUGCCACGAAUUUGAACGAAGCAGGUCCAGAAUAUCUUGUUUCGCCCUGAGGUGGCUAAUCAGUAGCCAUAUCCUCGGAACCACUUAGACUUAUGAAAAGUGUAAUAUGCUGUCAGUAUUUUAAAGUUCAUAUUUAUAUGUGUCCAUGAAAACAUCAGCAGGCUAAGCAUUUUUUGUCAGUGCAGUGGUCAUUUUUCUAAAGCUGUGCUUUCCAAUUAAAACUACUGUAUGUUAAAAUGUAUACAUUUUAAGCACAUUGAUAACAUUUCAAUUUUCGGUUUUAUACUGUGUUAGCUAUUUUACCGGUGUGCCAUUUUCAUUGUGUGCCUGUGGGUCACUCUGGAUGAGAAAGUCUGUUAAACUGAUGUUAUGUAAUUCUGGAUGUUUCCAUAAGUGUCUCUUAUAUCAUUUGUAUUUUUAGCAUUUGUUGUGUCCGCAGAUUUUGUGCUGUGGGUACUGUUUGUAAUAUCCAUAGUAAUUAAGUGCUGUAAAUGUACCUGUGGACUCCCUGAUGUGUCCUGUGGUAUAGUUUUAUAUUGGCAGUUAUGUACAAAUCAUUUUGCUUCUUUAUGAAAGUUACUGUAUGUUUUUAAAUAUGUCAAAUCUGCCCUAAACUGGAGUAUGUCCAGACUUCUUCAUGUCAGCUAAAGGUGUAAAUAAAUGAGGAGGUCACCUACA